CGGGACCCGCUGCUUCCGAGCGCGCAGACCUCUCCACCGGGAUCAAGAGGACGCUGCGCGCUGGCGGCGGCCCCUCGCCUCGCUCCGGCUCGCACUGCAGCGCAUCGCCUGGUCCCGGGCUCCGACUCGGAGCGCACAGCUCGCGCCCCGGGCAGCGGCGUGUCCCGGGAGCCCCGACUGUGGGGCAGGGCGCAGGGCGGCGGCCGGCUGGGGAUGGGCGGCCGGGCUGCGGCGUGGACCGGCGCCGGGGGGCUCCGAGCGCUGCUGCUGGCGCUGGUGGCCGCGGGGGUCCCCGCCGGCGCCUACAACCUCGACGCGCAGCGCCCGGUGCGCUUCCAGGGCCCGGCGGGCUCCUUCUUCGGCUACGCGGUGCUGGAGCACUUCCACGACAACACGCGCUGGAUCCUUGUGGGUGCACCAAAGGCAGAUUCUAAAUACAGCACUUCAGUAAAGUCCCCUGGAGCUGUGUUUAAGUGCCGCAUCCACACCAACCCCGAACGGAGAUGCACCGAACUGGACAUGGCUCGAGGGAAGAACCGGGGUACUCCCUGUGGGAAGACCUGCAGGGAAGACCGAGAUGAUGAGUGGAUGGGGGUGAGCCUGGCCCGGCAGCCCAAAGCAGAUGGCCGUGUUCUGGCCUGUGCCCAUCGUUGGAAGAACAUCUACUAUGAAACAGACCACAUCCUGCCCCACGGAUUCUGCUACCUCAUCCCGUCCAACCUCCAGGCCAAGGGCAGGGUGCUGAUCCCAUGCUAUGAAGAGUAUAAGAAGAAGUAUGGGGAGGAACAUGGCUCCUGCCAGGCCGGGAUGGCAGGCUUCUUCACUGAGGAGCUGGUGGUCAUGGGUGCCCCAGGCUCAUUUUAUUGGGCUGGGACGGUCAAGGUGCUGAAUCUCACAGACAACACAUACUAUAAACUGAACGAUGACGUGAUUAUGAGCAGGCGGUAUACCUACCUGGGCUAUGCAGUGACCGCUGGCCACUUCUCUCAUCCAUCCAUCACUGAUGUGGUAGGAGGUGCCCCACAGGAUGAAGGCAUUGGAAAGGUUUAUAUAUUUAGAGCUGACCGAAGAUCAGGGACCUUAAUAAAGAUUUUUCAGGCAUCAGGAAAAAAGAUGGGCUCUUACUUCGGCUCCUCCUUGUGCGCAGUUGACCUGAACAUGGAUGGCCUCUCUGACCUGCUUGUGGGGGCCCCCAUGUUUUCUGAGAUCAGAGAUGAAGGACAGGUUACUGUCUACCUCAACCAAGGAAAUGGAGCCCUUGAGGAACAGCUGUCCCUGACCGGAGAUGGUGCCUACAAUGCACACUUUGGGGAGAGCAUUGCCAGCCUGGGUGAUCUUGAUGAUGACGGGUUCCCAGAUGUGGCUGUCGGGGCACCUAAGGAGGAUGACUUUGCUGGAGCAGUCUACAUCUAUCAUGGUGAUGCCAAUGGGAUUGUCCCGCAGUACUCGAUGAAACUGUCUGGGAGGAAGAUAAACCCGAUCCUGCGGAUGUUUGGGCAGUCCAUAUCAGGAGGCAUUGAUAUGGAUGGAAAUGGCUAUCCUGAUGUCACCAUCGGAGCCUUCCUGUCCGACAGUGUGGUCCUCCUCAGGGCCAGACCGGUCAUCACUGUGGAUGUCUCCAUCUUCCUCCCAGUCUCCACCAACAUCACGGCACCUCAGUGUCAUGACGGACAGCAGCCUGUGAACUGCCUGAAUGUCACCGUGUGUUUUCGGUUCCAUGGCAAGCAUGUACCAGGAGAAAUCGAUCUGAGCUACAAUCUGACGGCUGAUGUGGCCCAGAAGGAGAAGGGCCAGCUGCCCAGAGUCUAUUUUGUAUUGCUGGGAGAGACUGCCGGCCAGGUGUCAGAGAAGCUGCAGCUGACCCACAUGGAGGAGACAUGUCAUCACUACGUGGCCCACGUCAAGCGGAGGGUCCAGGAUGUCAUCAGCCCCAUCGUGUUUGAGGCUGCCUACAGCCUGGGUGUGCACGUGACUGGUGAUGAGGAGCGGGAGCUGCCAGAUCUGACACCUGUGCUGCGCUGGAAGAAAGGACAAAAGAUCGCCCAGAAGAAUCAGACAGUUUUUGAGCGGAAUUGCAGAUCUGAGGACUGCGCUGCUGACCUGCAGCUUCGGGGGAAACUCUUGCUUUCCAGUGUUGAUGAGAAAACCCCAUACCUAGCUUUGGGGGCUGUGAAGAAUAUCUCUCUAAACAUCUCCAUCUCCAACCUUGGGGACGAUGCCUAUGAUGCCAACGUAUCCUUCAAUGUUUCUCGGGAACUCUUCUUCAUCAACAUGUGGCAGAAGGAGGAAAUGGGCAUUUCCUGUGAGCUGCUGGAGUCAGACUUCCUCAAGUGCAGUGUGGGAUUUCCUUUCAUGAGGUCCAAGUCAAAGUAUGAGUUCAGUGUCAUCUUUGAUACAAGCCACCUGUCUGGGGAAGAGGCAGUUCUCAGCUUCAUCGUGACUGCUCAGAGUGGAAACAUGGAGCGCUCCGAAGCCCUGCAUGACAACACACUCACACUGGCAGUACCGCUGGUGCACGAAGUGGACACGUCCAUCACGGGAAUUGUGUCCCCAACCUCCUUUGUGUAUGGUGAGUCUGUGGAUGCAUCCAACUUCGUUCAGCUGGAUGACCAGGAGUGCCAUUUCCAACCCCUCAACAUCACUCUUCAGGUCUACAACACAGGCCCGAGCACCCUCCCUGGGUCAUCUGUCAGCAUCUCCUUCCCUAGCCGGCUGUCACCUGGUGGCGCGGAGAUGUUUCAGGUCCAGGAGAUGGUGGUGAGCCAAGAAAAGGGCAACUGCUCUUUCCAAAGGAACCCAACCCCCUGCAUCAUCCCUCAAGAACAAGAAAAUAUCUUCCACACCAUAUUUGCUUUUUUCACCAAAUCUGGAAGGAAAGUGUUGGACUGUGAAAAGCUAGGGAGUUUCUGUCCAACAGUGCGCUGCAACCUUAGCGCCCUCCCUAAAGAAGAGAGCCGCACCAUCGACCUGUACAUGCUGCUGAACACAGAAAUACUGAAGAAGGACAGCUCUUCUGUCAUCCAGUUCAUGGCUCAAGCCAAGGUGAAGGUGGAUCCUGCCCUGAGAGUGGUGGAGAUAGCUAAUGGGAAUGCAGAAGAGACUCUGGUGGUCUUCGAGGCCUUGCACAAUCUGGAGCCCCGUGGCUACGUUGUGGGAUGGAUCAUUGCCAUCAGUUUGCUGGUGGGAAUCCUCAUCUUCCUGCUGCUGGCUGUGCUGCUGUGGAAGAUGGGCUUCUUCCGCAGAAGGUACAAAGAAAUCAUCGAAGCUGAGAAAAACCGGAAAGAAAAUGAAGAUGGUUGGGACUGGGUCCAGAAAAAGGAGUGACCCACCAUGCCAGUCAUGAUGCCCUUAUGUUCCCAUCACCAACCUGUGGUCCCUGAUCUUUGUAUCUUCCAUAUUUGGAAGAAAGAAAUCUUCUCCAGAUUUUCCGGAGGCCCCACUGAUGCUGUCCUCUUCCUCAUCCUGUCAAGCCCAGUGCCGACCUGAGAUGGCCACCUCCAGCCAGGUCACAUGACUGGGGCCACCACCACUUCCCUUUACACACAAAUGCAGAACUUCGGAAAGAUGAGCUACAGAACAAAGCAAUAUUUAUGGAUACAACAAUGCGUGGUCAACCCUCAGGGGAAAACUGUUACCUAAAAGUAUUUUUUAUAAAUGUAAGCCUUUUAUAUUGAUUGUGUCUUUAUAUUUGUAUCAAUGUUUUAUUAUUUCUAUUAAAUAGUUCUAUAAUUCACUCAAGCACUGAAAUCUUGGAAAUACAUGUACCUGCAUAUAAAUUUUAAAAGAGAAAGAACUUACUGUACUUUGGAACUUGCCAUUUUUAAAAAAAAUGCAGAUAAAAUAAACUAAAGAAACCCCAUGAAAUGAAUCCACCAAGCUGGGAGUACUGCAAAAGCACCGUGGAUAUGGCAAGAGCAUCUAAAACAUUUCCCAUUGUUAUCACCUGGAGUCGGAGUCAGAGCACUUGAAGAAGUAUCAGUGCUUUCUCUUAUGGACCUCUCACUGGGAGAUUCCCAACAGGAGCUGGGAUGAAAAGCCUGGUUUCCUCACUGUGGAUGCUUCAUACCACCCUGAUGCAUUCAGCGAGCACUCACCCUCCUCCUCUGGAGUCAGCAAGUGCUGGAUAGACAACUGGUCGACCUCAGAAUAGCAUCUCAUCCCAGACACCAUGUGCUAGGGUUCAAAACCCAGGACUGAAGCUGUGCUCUCUCAGCAAAGAUGUGUGUCUGUGUGUGUAAGGUGUUAUCUUGUGAUGUAACUUCAGUUCAAGGGUCUCCAUUUCCUCUGUCACUCUUGAUGUCCCCAAAUGGUAGUGUUGCAGAUUCCUUCCCAGAGAGGAUAGCCCCACUUGUUUUAUGUUUAGGUCUUAGGUAGGAUUCUCAAGAGUCAAAGCCUGGAAUAAGGACUUGGGUGCAAGUAAGUUAUUGAGGAAGUCUUCCCAAGUUAUUGAGAAGUGGAGAAUACAAUAUAGGAAAGUAGGGGAAGCCAAGCACCAAUGUCACUUUAGGGGAUAAUCCACAAAGUGACUUCAGCCCAAUUGGAUCUGGUCGCCAAGUCAGGCUCUGAGUGCCCUGAUCAGAUGUCAGGAAGCUGGGCUUUUGUGGUCCCACACCUGAAGGGGAUGUAAACUUUCUGCCCUUGGUUCUUGCCAACAAGAUGCCCUAGAGGGCAUCUUCAGAGGCAACUGGGGAGACACAGAAAUCGUGCAAAGAACUCUGAGCCAAGUGCUUUGGUGUUCCCCUGCCCAAACAAGUGAAUGCUAUCUUCAGCUUUGGGAAACCCCAAAAGCCAUAAGUCAAAGCAGGUUCUAGUAGUCAAAUGUUGCAUCUGACCCUGGAAUGGAAACGGGGGUUACUGCAAGGCUGGGACAGCCCAGGAAACCAGUGCACACCAGUUCUUAAGUUUUAUCAAAAGAAAUAAAAAAAGGAGUCUUGGCUUUACCAGCCAUGUACAGCCUGGACUGUAGGUCGGGCACCAUGCAGGAUGCUGGUGAUCCCCAGAGAACACAGCCUCAGGGUAGUAAGCCAUCUCACAGUAGGUGUGGAGUGUGGACUCUCCAUGAACCCCAUGUGCAGCUGUGCUAUGAUGAUGUGUGGAUUGUAUCAUGGCUUCCUUUAAUAAAUCAUUUGAGAUUCUUAGGUGGUAAGACCACAACAACAUUGCAAUUUUAGCCAAAUGCAUCUGUCCCCAAUGGCCUGCUUCCUGCAAAGGUUGUGGCUUCAUCGGGGUCAGUGAAGAAUGGUGACUCGUGUCCACAGUUCAGCUAGCCAGCAGAGCCGCAUCUGAGGAAGUGUGGACAGGAAGGAAGGGCAUACUCAGCGGGCAUCUGGCUACUUGUGCCCUGUCAUGAAUGGUAAACCUUCAUGAGUAGUCAUGUGUUAAUAAGGCACUACAAUUCCAUAAAGCAGAUUUUAAGAAAACUACAUGGUAGCCCCAGAAGCAAACCCUAACAGCCACCAUAGAGAGCUGUCUGAUAAUGCUGAGUGCCAGGGGCAUGAGAGCCAGGGAUGUGGCUGCUCGGCAGAGAAGCGGUGGAGCAUUGUCUUGGAAUUCUCUCGCCUGAGUAGUUCAGCAUCCUCACUGCAGCCUUCUUCAGGCGAUCAGGGCAAGUGGGCAGGCGUGUUGAUAUGUCUGUGUUCUCUCUCUAAAACAGUUAUUGAAAACCCAGUGUGUGGCCCAUUGUACCCUUCUGCUCUGAACUCACUGUGGAGCCCUGAAGACAUUCUCAUGGGCACUGCCAUUUGUCUGCUUCCGUUUUCAGCUAUGUCUUCCAUGGUUUCAACCAGCUCUCUGAACUGGACUGAAAUGUUGUUCUGUUUUGUUUGUUGUUUUUAAUAUGAAAAAGGAAUCUUGUAAAAAAAAAAAAAUGACUAAUGCAAUGCCCCUUAAAAAAAAUUGACCCCCUUCUCAGUUUACAUAGGACUCAAGAAAGUCUGGAGAAUCCCCGAGGUGAGUCCCUGCCACAAAGAGGCUACCCAAUUAGAAGCAGAACACCAGCGAGAGGGACCUGAGUAGCUGGCUUUGUGCCAACUGACCAACGCACCCUGUGUCCCCCAUCACCAUGGUCUCAGGCAGUGCUUUAGGAAAGCAAUCUCAGUGCUCAAAGGUUUGGCAGGCUGCAUGAAGCCCCCCACACCAAAUACUGUGUAACCUACUUUGCUAAAGGCAAGAUAUUCUCAACAAACAGUAGCCAGUAGCCAGUGGUGCUGUGAGUUAUGGAAGGUGUGGAAAUGUUACUGACAUUUAUUUAAGGUUAGGAUAGCUUUAUACCUGAUAUACCUAGGAAAGGAGUGCCCAGUUUCUACUCCCUGAGAUUUAGAGGUGCUACAAAACAUGGUCAUUGGAGGGAUAGACAGCUCAGUAACAGAAUGUUUCCCUGACGGAUACAAAGCACUGGGAGAACCAUCCCCCUAGUAAACAAAAGGCAGAGACUGAGCAUCGUUUCCCAGUUCCUCCGGAACACAGAAUUUUCAUAGAUGUGGGUUUUUAAUAAUAGAGUAGUAAGAUGCACAACAGGGAGUAUUUUCCAAGACAAUGGCUGAAGGAGGGCUGCAGAACCGACUGGGGCCUAAUGAGCCUUCUAGAAUGUCUUCUGAGUCUUCAGCACACAAAGGGAACGCUGAGUGAAUCUCCCGAUGUGGUGCGAUGCUCUCCACAGCCCACUGAUCUGGGUUCCACUUCCGUUCAGUUUGUUUUGUUUGAUCCUGAUGUGCACAGUGUGAUUGGCAGUGUGAGGUUAAGCUUUCUGAGUGGUUUGUUGCAUGGCAGGCAGCCUCCCUCCCCUGCUCUCUACACGUCUGCAGCUUUACUGAGGUAUCCACACAACGCACACUGCCCGGGAGGAUUUGGGGUGGGAGGGCUGUCCCUCUUCGCUGUGUUUUGUGUCUGCAGCCACUUCUGAUUCACUUGCACUGUCUGGGAAAUGCCAGGUUUACAAAAAUGCGUGUUUGGAAUAAACAAAACAAACAAACAUGG